AAAAACGUUUGUUUGUGUGUGCAUUUUUGUGCAAAAUAUUUAGUGUAGUAAAAACCACCAGAAAUGAAAAUUGUGUAACUAAAUAAUUAAACUACAUUAUUAAGCCAAUGCCUAAAAGUUUUUUUGCUUCUUGUUUCGUUUUAAUUUCACAGAAGUCAUGUCUUGAUCUGCUACUAUACUUUUUAAAAGUAUGAGGUCUGGUGAUCUAAAGUAUUACUGAUGCUAAAUAUUCAUUCAGUUACUGGGUAGACUGGGUUCUGUGCUCACUGGACUGGUCUAUCACAUUCAGGCAUUGUCUCCGUAAAUAAAUGACUCUCCAGAUGGGGAAAAGUCGGAGCAAUGGAGCGUUAAACACUGUGAUUACCUGUGAUUUAUGCCAGUGUUGAACACACUACAGUUCUCCAUGCUGACGGACAACAAACUGGUUGAACGUGUGUGAGUCUUUGUGUGUGUGUGUCGUGUCAAACUGGGGGUGUGCUCAGCUGCGUGAAAAUGAGAGGAAAAUCUAACAUUCUCCAUCUCGUACCCUCCCAUAUACCUUUACUCGCUGCUGGAGGCUCCUUAAAAGGUGCUGCCAGUAGUGUCUGUCUGCCUUAUCAUCACUGUCUUGGCAGGAGGAAAUUAUACCCAGCUGUUACAGACGGAGAGACUGCAGUCAGAGGAGUUAAACAUCUCUGAGGACAGAACGUUUUUACAGAAACGCAGUGGUAGCCUCUAUUAGGAUGAAAUUACUUAUGGAAAGCCUUCAAAUCAAGAUGCUGCUGUGCGUAAACAUCUUGGCGCUGCUCGUCCGGGAGGUUGCUCUGUCAAGCAUCCUGACCACGCCGUCCAGAGGAUGUCCAACCUGCGCAGGAAAGCCUGUGGAUUUGGACGUGGCCUCUCUGGCUCCUGGGGAGCCGUGCGGCGUCUACACUCUGAGCUGUGCCCCAGGUCUGCGCUGUGAGCCUCCACAGGAUGAGCCGAGGCCCCUGCGUGCCCUGCUGGAGGGCAGAGGAGUCUGCAGCAAUGUCAGCAGCACCACAGCGACUACGCAGGUCUACCCUGCAGAAUCGGCGCCAACUGAGGAGCCCAAUGAGGCUCCCUGCCGCAAACUUUUAAUGAAAGUCAUCCAAGAUCUUGACGCCCAUUUAUUUAAGUCCCGUCAUGAUAUCUACAUACCCAACUGUGAUAAAAGUGGUUUCUACAAAAGGAAGCAGUGCUGGUCGUCUCUGGGGAAGCAGCGUGGAAAGUGCUGGUGUGUGGAUGUGAACGGCCUCUCCGUACCGCCCAAGACUAAACAACAGGGCAACGUGAUUUGCUGAGGAGCAGGAAAGGCGACGCAGAUGAAGGAACAUGGGCCUAAAACCUGAACUCGCCGUUCCAUAUGUUGCAUUUCUACCAGAUGAAAGCAGAUCUUCCUCCCCGAGGAGCUGCGUAGUGAUCAAACUUUGUCUCCUGACGCCCUCUGCUGAAUACACUCGGAUUGUGCUGAUUUGAUUCCUUCAUAUUCAAUGGAGAUCGGACUGCAGCUAAAAAUAAUCCAGCUAAAAUGAUAUACAGAAUGAAAGCAUGUCAAUUAUGAUCCGAGUGCCACAAAUUAAACUUUUUAAAAACUCAUUCAGCCGAAAGACUUUUAACACUUUUUUAAACAAACUUCUAGAAAUCAGUUACAUAACAUUCACAAGCUAGCAAUGAGAAAUUACAAACUCUUUUACGAUUGUGUUCAGGUUCUAUGAUAUUUACAUAUUUUCAGUAUGCUUUCCUUCGAAACCACUCUGUUUUAAAAGUACCUGCUGCAUAUAAAACAUGUCGCCGAAUUUAUGUUACUGUAUAUACGUCUAUUUAUGUUAAAUUGUUCAUUAUGUUAGUGUUACAUAUAAAAGCGAACACUAGGACUCCUUUGAGGGAACUUAGGAACCUGAAUGUUUUUUUAUUUAUAACGUUGGUGACGUUUAAUAUUGGUGAUGACGACUGAUGAUUUUAGGCAGUAUUACAAUGUGUAAAGUAUUCUUGUGAAGUAAAAUAUUGUAAAAAAAAAAAAAAUCAUCUUUCUUUUCUGUAUAAACAAAUGGACUCAUGAUCAAGAAGUCAACCAGCUGCCUAAAAAUGCACUAAGUAGCUAUAGGCUUCUUGUGUUUCCUGUAGCAUUUAUUGCAGCUUUACAAUUGGCUGCAAUAAAAUUGACAAUUUUAUUUCUUUAUAGAUGAUAGUCAUAUCGUUUGAGACAGCGUCUUGUAUUGGACUUUAACAUAUGGGAAAGUGUUAUCUGUCCUUUCUAAGAAGAGCCAGAACACUUACUGAUAACAUCUGAGGCUAUGAGAUGAUUUAAAUAAACACGUACUGAUGAGAAAGAGACUAAGUGAAAGAAAGCACUGAAUACCUUUAGAAGAUAAUAAAAAUAUUAAAAUAUCAAUAUCUAAUGAUAGAGUUUUGAACCGCAAUUCAAAAGAAUUCCUCUGACGCAUAUUUGAUGCAUUAAAGACCAUGUAUCAAUUCAUAUAAGUAAUAUCUAGGCUGAGCAUAAUAUCAUCCUAAUCUGGCUCAUCAUUUCUAUGAACCGGAUUAAAAAAAGGAGCAACUGAUAAAUUGAGAAGAGUAACGCAUUAUAAGAGGGAGCAUAAAAGAAAAAAAAACCUCAGAGAAGUUCUUCAUUAGAUUUAAAACAGUUCAAUGUCAGCUUCAUAGCAGUAAGAUUAUAAAAUGGUGACAAAGAUGAAGCCAGUUAAUCCCAGUAAUCCCAGUUAAACAUUAUCAUGGCUCUGUUGAAAAAUGCUAAAAAUAUGUAAAAAGUGUUAACACAACUAGAGGUUAUAGUAUGGAGCCACAUUACUCAGUUCUUCAGCACAAACGCUGUGGUUAUUAUUAUUUAAUAUUUGUAGUAGCAGUAGUAGUAGUUGAAUAUUGGCUCUCUCACCG